GGAAGGGGGCGGGGCGGGGCGGGGGCGGGGCCUGACGGGUUGGGCCCGCCCCGGCCCUUCCUAGAACCGGGGUUCACCCGCCGCUGGCUCAGCCCCGCGGCGUCCCGCCCGCCCCCCGCGCCCGGCGUCUGGGUAGGAAUAAAAGAUGAGCAAACCCAUAACAGCAUCAACAUAUGUGCGCUGCCUCAAUGUUGGACUAAUUAGGAAGCUGUCAGAUUUUAUUGAUCCCCAAGAAGGAUGGAAGAAGUUAGCAGUAGCUAUUAAAAAACCAUCUGGUGAUGAGAGAUACAACCAGUUUCACAUAAGGAGAUUUGAAGCCUUACUUCAAACUGGAAAAAGUCCCACUUGUGAAUUACUGUUUGACUGGGGCACCACAAAUUGCACAGUUGGUGAUCUUGUGGAUCUUUUGAUACAGAAUGAGUUUUUUGCCCCUGCAAGUCUUUUGCUACCAGAUGCUAUUCCCAAAACAGUUAAUACACUGCCUCCUAAAGAAACUGUAACCGUUCAGCAGAAACAGAUGCCACCCUAUGGCAAAGACAGGACAUCUGUGAUACCUGAUCAGAAUCAUGAACAAAAGUAUAUGCCACCGGACUCCUCAAGUCCAGAGAAUAGAAGUUUAGAAAUUAGUGAUACACGUUUUCACAAUUUUUCAUUUUAUGAAUUGAAGGAUGUCACGAAUAACUUUGAUGAGCGGCCCGUCUCUGUCGGUGGUAACAAAAUGGGAGAAGGAGGAUUUGGGGUUGUGUAUAAAGGCCUUGUGAACAACAGGACCGUAGCAGUGAAGAAGCUUGCAGCGAUGGUUGACAUUAGCACAGAAGAACUGAAACAACAGUUUGAUCAAGAAAUAAAAGUAAUGGCAAAGUGUCAACAUGAAAACUUAGUAGAACUACUUGGUUUCUCAAGCGAUGGAGAUGACCUCUGCUUAGUCUAUGUUUACAUGCCCAACGGUUCAUUGCUGGACAGACUGUCUUGCUUGGAUGGUACUCCGCCACUCUCUUGGCACAUGAGAUGCAAGAUUGCUCAGGGUGCAGCUAAUGGCCUCAGUUUUUUACAUGAAAACCAUCAUAUUCAUAGAGAUAUUAAAAGUGCAAAUAUCUUACUAGAUGAAGACUUUACAGCCAAAAUAUCUGACUUUGGGCUUGCACGGGCUUCUGAGAAAUUUGCCCAGACAGUCAUGACCAGCAGAAUCGUAGGGACAACAGCUUACAUGGCACCUGAAGCUUUGCGGGGAGAAAUAACGCCCAAAUCUGACAUCUACAGCUUUGGUGUGGUUUUGUUGGAAAUAAUAACUGGACUUCCAGCUGUGGAUGAACACCGUGAACCUCAGUUAUUGCUAGAUAUUAAAGAAGAAAUUGAAGAUGAGGAAAAGACCAUUGAAGAUUACAUUGAUAAGAAGAUGAAUGACAUUGACUGCACUUCCAUUGAAACUGUGUACUCUGUUGCCAGUCAGUGUUUGCAUGAAAAGAAAAACAAGAGACCCGACAUUAAGAAGGUUCAACAGCUGCUGCAGGAAACAACAGCUUAAAACUUCACUGGAAUAGACUCUUGACUUCUUAUAUAUGGCUAUAUAAAUCAUCUUUUAAGCUAAAUUUUUUGUACACAUUCUUCAUUACCUGUAACAAGGCAGCAUGGUUAUUAAAGCUUGUGUAGAACCCCCAGCAUAUAGAACAAACAGAAGCAGAGCUGCUACGUUAGCACUUAGCCCUCCUUUUUUUAGUGUCCCUCCGAGUUCUCAUGGUAAUCCCUGAGACAUCUCCUGGGAACCUAACCAAACGGUUUGAAAACUGCAGAAUUAGCAGAAAAGAGGACUGGACUAUAGAGUGAAAAGAUCCAGGGCUGAAGCCCAGCUCCACUGCUAAUUUUCUAUAAGCUUUGGGCAAUCCUCUUAGCUGCUUUGGACCUGGUGGGGUUUUUUCUUUGUUUGUUUUACCUGUAACCUUGCACUAAUAUCUACUCUGCCUCUCUGAUGGGUAAUCAUGGAAAUCAAAUGAUGCACAAUAUGUAUAAAGCACUUUGUAACUUGUAAAGUGAUGUAAAAUUUAAAGUUUAUGUAAACAAUUAUAAAAUCCUAUUACAGUGGUUUAUUUAUAAGUUCAUGUUCACAGUGUGCUGUCCUAAGCAAUCAUACAUCACAAAGCAAAUAUGCUUUAAUGAUCUGCCCAUGACAAUAUGGCCAUUAUUAGAUUACAUUAAAUGGCAAAUAUGAAGACAUUUUGCAGAUGCAGUUAAGGUCCCUAAUCGGCUGACUGAGUAUCAAAAGGGAGAUGCUGCUGGGUGGGCCUGACCUAAUCAGGUGAGCUCUUACAAGAAGUCUGAGAGAUUUUCCUGUGGACCUUGAAGUAAGCUACCAAGUUGUAGGAAGGCCAUACUGGCUAAAGUCUGUGGUGGCUUCUAGGAUAUAAGGGCUACCUUCCAGCUGUCAGCCAGCAAGAAACUAGAACCUUGCUUGUACAACUGCAAGAUACCGAAUUCUUCCAACAACCGGAAUUAGCUUAGAUGAGUACUCCAGACUUUAGAUGACACCAUAGCCCCAGCUGACACCUAACUUUUGGCCUUGUGAUAUCCUCAGUCACGAACGUGGACUUCUGUGCCUAGAUUUUGACGUGCAGAACUGUGAGAUAAUAAAUGAGUUGCUAUGAGCCGUUAAGGUUGUGCUAAUUUUUUAUGCAGCAAUAGAAAAUGAAUGUGAUAAUCCCAUGAUGAUUCUCCCAUGGGGAUAUCCCAUCGUGAUCACAGAUUCUGUCCACAGUACCAAGUGUCUGCUGUUAUUCAUUCAUUCAGUAAUCUUCAUAUCAUUAUUUCUUUCAUUAACACACACAAAACAGGAGUAUGUAGAGUGAGCUAUAGUAAAAGAUGAUCAUCCUCUGUAUUACAUUGUUUAGACCUUCCUAAAUGCUUUCUUGGGAAACAAAGAUAGUACACCUUUCAAAUCACCCUUAUCAACUAAGUUCUUGAGCAGAAAGAAACAUUUACUAGUGGAAAAGGAAAAUAAAGAAAAACACUUAGUCACACUCAUCACACUAAUCUCAACAGGAACUCACAUCAUUUGAGGCACAGUUUAGCUUCUAACUCUGAAAAUAAUUAUGUUAUUUUAAAAUAUAAUGAUAAUUUAACUAUUUCUUGAAAUAAAAGCAUAUAUGUAAAAUGGCAUAUAUGUAGCUCUGGUUAUGGACUGUGACCAAACCAUAUUACAAAUUUUUAAGUGAGUAAGCCAUUUCAUUGAUUUUGAACAUUUCAUAGUAUCAUUUGGUAGAUGUUUCCGUUCCACUGAAUGGAAUUGAUAUCAGAUUUACCAAAAUUAGUCGUGGCUGCUCUCUCAAGACAAGACUGUACCUUAACUCUUGAAAGCGGCAAUACAGUAAAUCCAAGAUUCUGAAGCAAGUGUCAACCACACUGUUUCAUGCCUGAUGGUGUCUGACACAUCGCGGCCCCCUGAGCUUGUGUGACUGACGUAGCCCUGGGGAUGAACAACAGGCUGCCCUCAGCUCACAGCUGCACAGGACUUGACUAAAGUUCCCAGGAGAAUAAUGUACAGGCUCUUUUCACUGUUUCCUCAAGGCAGAAUUUAAUGGCUUGUGGUGACAUCUAGUUGAAAUAUUUUCUUAACUUCAUUUGGAAUGUGCUUCCCCCUAAUCUUUUAUAGAAACAGAAAAAAAUUAAACAGAUUUUGGGGGAAAAAAUGUUUGGCAGAGGCUUUGUUUGCAAGCUUUGAUGUGAACGUUUAAUGUUCCCUUCAACAACAUUGUGCAAAGCACUUUGCUGUUCACCAGAAACUAACACAACAUUGUAAAUCAGCUAUACUUCAAUAAUAACAGUAAUAAAAAGCCAAUUGCACAUCCAAAGCUUUUGUUCUCUAGGAGCUGGCUCUCAGGAGAAACUAUCUGUUCAGAUGGAGGUGAUAAUAUUCAAGGAAAUAAGUAAGACAAUAUCGGGUAGUGAAAAGUGUUAAGGAAACAUUAAAAUUAUGUAGUGUGAGAGAGAGACUCCCUUGGCUAAGAUUUAACAGCACCCAAGUUAAAAAGAAGAAGAAGAAAAAGAAGAAGAAAGAGGCUACCAGUACAUAGUCUCAGAAAGGACUAAAAUGGACUGUCACUUUAAUAGAGAAAAUAAAAAACUU